CACUGGGCUAUGGCUAGAGCAUUUAAUAAGCUACAAAUAGUCUCGGUUUUAUUUUAUUUAUUAAAUCCUUAUUAACAAACCGUGCGAAUAAUUAUAUAAUUAGAGUAGGUUUCUAUCUACUUUUUCAACACUUAAAUAUUAUCAUAAUAUUGCUAUCGUGGUUUUUAUUACCGUGUAAUAUUUAGCCUAUAUUCAUGACCAAAGGCAAAGGCACCAUGUCUGAUUGUGUUUCACUUUUAAUUAGGGCCUGCUCAUGGAGAGUAAAAAUCAAAGCAUGUCUAUAUUUUAUUAUAAUUUUUUAUUAUCUAUUUCAUAAAAUAAUAAUAGUAAUAGGCAUAAUUAAACGAGUUGGCGUUGGCAAAUAUUAUAAGUCUACAUUUAACAACAAUGAAUUAUUUAAUUUUAAAAAUAAAAGGGACAAAAUAUUUCUUUACACCGUACAUUGUCUGAUUAGUUUAAAAAAUGAAAUGAAACACAAAAGAACUGGAACAAAUUUUAGAAAGUUUCUAGAAAUUGAUAACAGAAAACACUAUUGCGAAGGAAUCACCAAUUUCAUCACCUGUUUGACGCAACCACUGAAUCUGAAACCAUUGCUUUACUUUAUUAGCCACAAUAGAUCAUAAUUUAAACAAAUAGUAAGUCGAUAAAAAAGUAGUCGAAGUUUAGGUCAGACAUUAACUUUAAUCUCAAUAAUUUAAUUAUUAAAAUUAAUAGUGUCUGUUGUUUUUAUUAGUAUUAUAUUAGUGUUAGUGUUAGCACUGACACUGUUGUUAGCCAGUGCCUAAGUAAGUUAACCCUACCCUGCCUAGUACUAAUCAAAUAUCCUAGUGGCAACUCGUGUAGUUUUAGCCAAAAGUAUAGUGAAGAGUCAUGAGUCAUAGUCAUAGCAAUUUCUAAUUGUAUUAUUAGUAAAGUUAGUUAAGUUAGUUAUCAGUGAAGUUUACUACUACAAUGACUACGUGAAGUUAGUACUAGUUCUUGACCUUCUUUACUGAGGCUAACUUUAAUCUAGACCCCACUCAUAAUAUAGUAAAUUAAAUAGUAAAUACAAAUCUUUGCUCUCCUCUCCCCACACCUAUAAAAAACAUCUCUCUGUCCACGACUGUCACAUCUACAAACCCUUAAACUUCAACCUCCGAUGCAUGGAUUGAUGGAUAUCAAAUUACUACUGCUGAUACUGCACCUGUGCAAGAUCAUCAUAUCCCUAGAACAGUGGUAGUGAGUGGCUCUUAACCAGGGAUAAAAGUGCCCCCUCAGCUCUGCGACGUGGAAGACCAAGAAAAUUGUAUUUGCUGCCAUUGCUAGUUGGCUAGUUGUUGCUGCCUUUUUUUUUAAACUCAAUUUUUAUAUAGUAUAUAGUAUAUAGGCCUACAUUUUGUUUGGCAGCAGUAAAUAUUUUUCUGGUGAAUUUUUUUAGCGCAUAACUUUUUGUUUUUUUCUGUUUAUAGAAAGUUUAUUAAAAUUAAUGAAAAAAACUAAGAUAUUAAAAAUUUUAUUACAAUAUAAUUUCUAUAUAUUGGGAGGGGGGAAUUGUCAACCAUUUUUUCAUUCCAUCCUACUUCACAAGCUAGUCCAAAUUAUAUUACUCCCGUCUCCACAUUUCGAUAUAAAUUUCCUGUGAUUUUGGGUUAUUAAAUACAUACUUUUACUAUAAUUUUUGUUGUUAAUGUGACUUCCGUUGCUUAAACCGGCCAAUCCUCCUUGUCAAAAAUCAUCACAAAAAUGUGGCUCCCCCCCUAGAUUUGUGACGUCAUUUAUGGAUGACCCGUAAGACCCCACUAAAAAAGACUUUAUGUCAAACUUAACAUUAAUACUGGUUAGAGAUAACUUAUUUUGAACUUUCAAAUUUUGCACAUGACUUAUUAAAGCUUUCACUGACCAAUUGUUUAAUAGUGUUUGCACACAGCAAUCUCUUUUGAAUGAAACUAUGAGAAUAUAUAGUCUGAAUGUUUGGCCAUGACAUCAGCAAUGCCUUCAGUAAAUUAUAAUAAUUUACAAUAAUGUCUCUACCAGGGUUUAAAACCUCAAUUAAAAAUAUUAUUGUUUAUAUUAUAAUAUUUUUUCACUACUCUAGUCUAGCUCUACUAAUAUUUUAUAGUUUAAAAGUAUUGAUUCAUAUUUUCAUACCAGUACUCAUACUAUCAAUAUCAUACAGUAACUAGUAAAUAGUAUCUAGCUUUAAGUGUUGGAGUUUAAAUAGGAUAAUAUAUUUAAAACAAAUGUACUAAUAAUAUUUCAAAUAUUUCUUUUUUAAUUUCAUCACAGACCCUUCGGCAGUCAUGGAUAUGGGAGAGAUUUUUCGCAGACUUUUUGGGUUAAGAAAUCCGUCAUUUUACUCUAGGUCCCCUUUACAUAACUUUGAUGAAGAAGAUGAUGAUGAGCAAGAUAUAAAUGAUCAUCAAGAGGAUGCAGGGUGAGAAAAUGAAACCAAAAGUCAUUACUAAUAUUACUAAAAUUAAUUUUACCAUAUAUAAUAAUUGUAUUCUUUACGUGUUUGCCAGGGAAUAGGGAAUUUCUAGUGCCAGUCAAAGUGAUUUAGUGGGAAAUUCUGUUUCAAUUCACAGAGCAGCUGUAACGCCUCAAACAUCUUUUUUGAACUUUUCUUGUACAGAUGUAUAGUUUACUGUCAUUUGUUGGAAAGCCUCAUUAUUUCAUUUGCAAGUUUUUUUAGAAUUAGCUGCUUUACUUUUAUAUUCUGCAAUUAAUAAAUGCAGAGAAGCAUUUUAUUUCUUUUAAUUAUUAAUUGUAAUCUCUGUAUGGCUAGGAUAAUCUGUCAUUCGCUGCAAGGGCUGCUUGCGAAUCUAAAUUUUGCUCUCCAUGAAGCAAUAGCAGUGGCUGACCUGUUUAGACUGGGUAGCACCUUACUAGGAUAUGAUCUUGAUUUAGAAGCAGUGCCUUUUUUUGUAUAGAUUAUUUAAAGUUUCUUUCAGGUGUUGCUUCUUUAGGCUGAGUGCAGCAUUAGUUUUUCGUAAAAGUGUACAUUUUUGCAAUCUGUCUUAAGUCUACUAGGAAACAGAUAUUUUUGUGAUCCAUUUGAAGAUGUUGCCAGCUGGAUGCUUGCAGUUUUUGUCAUUUUUCAAAAAUUGAUCUACUUUCAGUUGCAUGUAAUAUAAAUGGAACUUUAAAAAAAUUAUAGUCUGAGAAAAAGAAAUGAUUGCCACUCCUUGGUCAUACUUUUUCUUGUUUUCAAGCUGUAGCAAAAGAUGCAUGAGAGCACAUUUCUUGGCUGGUCCAUUUUACAUGACUUGUUGGGCCCAUGAAACUUUAAAAUGUUUUCAAUAAGUCUUUGUUAAAUUUAUAGAUGUCCCAUUUUUAAAUUUGCAGUGUUGAUUUCUACACAAAAGGUUUUUCUAAGUGCGAAAUAAAGUCACCAGUUGCUUUGAUUUGCUGCUCCUUUCAUUCAAUGAUGUCUGCCAUUUAUUAUAGUUACAGAUGAUGAUGAUAGAAGACAAAUAGAAAAAUUAUUGGCACAUAUAAAUAUACGGCCUAUAAUUUUAUAAUAACUUCCAGCUGACUGAAAUGAUAAAAAAUCAGUAUGUAGCAGAGACUAAACUCAUAAAUAAGCUUAUUUAGGGGUGGAGAUUUUACUAUUUAAAUAAUGAAACACAUAAAAUAUCUAUUUUACAUGGCUUCUUAGUUAAUAAUACUUCUAUUAACUCAAAAUUGUAUUUUUAACAUUGUUUGGUAACCAGAUGACUUGAGAUUUAAAAAUGCUUACCUGAGGUGGAUAAGAUUACAUUUCAGCCACCUUGAAAAAGUCAUUUCCUUUAAUAAACAAUGAUAUCCAGGGAGGAAAUGUGGUUGUAUCCUUUUUUUAAACUUAAAUAAAAAUUGGCGAGAUUUUCCAUUCUUGGACAAUAAGAUAAUUGGAUGCUUUCAACAGUGGUUAUCAUGAAAAUUUGCAGCUGGUGGACAAAGUAGGAUAAAUUAAAUAGUACACUUACCUUAAUUCAACUUGAUAUAUUUUUCUAAAAUAAAAUUUUAUAAAAAAUCGAAAAACAUAGUAUUGUUCAGCACCCAUUGCUCUUUAAAAUGAUUUAUCUUACAACCUUUUUAACAAAGCAAUAACAGUAAACCACUUUUUUUUUUUCAACGCACAUGUAAUGUUUACAUUUUCAAGUGGACAAACUGUUGAACAAGGUGCAUGUAACUCUACUUUGAUUUGUUACUAGCAGAAACCUGAUUUACUCAAGUAUGGAACUAAGCCAAAGUAUGGGAAAAGCUGGAAAAAAGAACACAACAAAACAACGAACAUGUUUAAAAGAAGUCUCAUCAGGGAACAAAAAACAACAGUAAAAACAGAAUUCAAUAAAAAUGACACUUAACUGAAAUGUAGUAUUGGAGAGGAAAGCAAGAGGAAUGUUUUUUCCUCCUUAUUUGAUCUACAUAUAAGAUAUGUGCAGUGUGCAUAGGAACUCUGAAGGAAGUGUUUAAAAAAUUUGAGGCCCCUUGCCUUUACAAACAUUUCGAAUUAUUUUAUUCUACAAAUUUGUAACUAAGUAUAUCAUUUUUUUGUGCUAAAAUCGUAUGAGACAUAUUGCAUUCAAUUUUUAUUACAAGUAGAGCAGCAUUUAGGUGCCCUAUGCAUAUUUUCAUGUGGAACCGACUCACCUUGAGAGCAAGCAGAAAUAUUUUCGUUAACUUUACAUGAGCUAAACAGAUAUUGCAUUAUAUUUAAUACCAUGACACUUCCAACUCUCUGUAUAGGAUAAGUAUAUUUUUUGGUGACCAAAGUCGUGGUGUUGAGGAUAUGUUUGAACACUUUCAUGGUGAUAUGAGCAGACAGAUGGAUGCCUUGCAUAGACAAAUGGAGGAUAUGAUGAGAGGAUUUGGAAAUAUUGAUUUUUCAUCAGGUAAUUUUUUUAUGGAGGGAUUUAUGUAUAACUUAAGCAAUUUUGAAUUAUCGGAUUAAUCUAAACUUGGUGUAAUAUUGAUGAACGAAAUCUUAAUUCAACCCCUUUAUAAAUAUAUGAUGUAUCUGGUCACUGAAACUUUGAAAAUUAGUUUUUUUUUUUUUUCUUUUUUUUUUUUUUCAAUUUUAUUAAGAUAAAUGAUAAAGGGCUUCCUCAUGCCCUGUAAAUAUAUUUUAUAAAUUGCAUUAGUCAAGAGUAUAGUUCUUCCUUCAUAUGAUCAAAACAAAUAUUUUAAAAUUUCAUGCAAAAAAUUGCCAUGUUACUUGUUUCUCCUGUAACAUGUGGAAACCUUACUUACUUGAACGAAAUCUUAAUUCAACCCCUUUAUAAAUAUAUGAUGUAUCUGGUCACUGAAACUUUGAAAAUUAGUUUUUUUUUUUUUUCUUUUUUUUUUUGUUCAAUUUUAUUAAGAUAAAUGAUAAAGGGCUUCCUCAUGCCCUGUAAAUAUAUUUUAUAAAUUGCAUUAGUCAAGAGUAUAGUUCUUCCUUCAUAUGAUCAAGACAAAUAUUUUAAAAUUUCAUGCAAAAAAUUGCCAUGUUACUUGUUUCUCCUGUAACAUGUGGAAACCUUACUUACUUGUUAAUAGAGCUUAGAUACAAGUACAUGGAACAUUUUAAAAUAUUAUUUGUUAUUUUGUUGAGCUUCCAUAUCAUUCAUAUGUCAAUACGACAUUCUAAUAUGUAAAAAAUUAGUUCUUGUCUACUAUAACAUGUUCCCUUAUACGCAGUACAAAUAUUUACUGUAUAAAAAGUUGUAUUCUUUUUAAUUAACUCAUAAGAUAAAAUUAUGCAAUGGGAAGAGUGUCUGUUUAUGGCCUGCCAAAUGAAAUCUGAAAAACUAACUUAUUCAUCUUUGUGUAAUCUAGUAUUUCAGACCCCUAAAAUGAAAUUGCCUCUUGAUCCCAUCACAAAAACCAAACAGGAUGACACUGGCAACAUAGUGAUUUGGUCAGGAACCCAGUCUCCCUUUUUCAGUGAUGGGCAGGAUCAAGUGAAGAAGAGCCCAAGAGACUUUAUGUUGAAAGAAGGUACUGACAUUGAUGAUAUUCAACCUAGAAGACCUGUCACAUCAUUGCCCCCGAGGGACAAGCAACCAAAGGUGAGCUUAUUAGCAAGUUUUAUCUAUCUCCUUGUAACUGGAAUUUUAAUCCUGAAAUAAAUUUAAACGUUUCGUACCAAGUGCAUUGAUACUGCAUAGUCACAUUAAUGAUAAAUAAUGUCUGUUGGUGCAUCACAGCUUUUGACCCAUAAAAGAUUAUCCUCAUUCAACCCUUAGGGUUGUUUACAUUGCACAUGUCUGCUUUAAAAUAAUCCGCCAAUAUUUCUGUAUCUGGUGUUCAUUUUUUCUGUGUUUUUUCGGUGCGUAUGGGCAAGUUCACUGGGUGCUGUCAACUUAAUCCAUUUUAAUUUGUGCUGGCUGCCAUAGGAAAAAUGUCUGCCUGGAUUAUCUCUUUUGUAUAUGCUCUUCAAAAGAUAUUUUCUUGAAAUGUUCUUUGAUGUUCUUUGUUACUUUCAUGUCAUAAUAUUUAUUGUUGAAGUCCCUCAUGAUCAUUGUCACUGGGGAGUUGUUUUUUUAAUCAGAACAUGAUAUGUUAAACUCUUAAUUCUGAGAGCCAUAUAUUCCUAAAUAUAUAUUUUUUUAAAGUAUUCAGUUGUAUUUCUCAAUAGUGAAACAGAUUCAUGAUACAUAUUCAAAAACAUUUAAAAUAUAGCAUCACUAGAGUUGUAGAACUUUCUCCUGGUAAUGGUAAAUGUUGGGCAAAUGUGGAUUUAAGACAUUUGUCAAUUUGAAUUUUAAAAUAUUUUUAAAUUUAAAAAUUAUUCUUGGUUUUAUUCUUUCAGGUCUCUGAGAUCAUUACUGUUCCACCUCCAACCAGAUUUGAUUUAUCAGAGCGACUAGACACCGGUAAUAUAUUUUUAACGAAACGUGUAUGUUUAAAUUUACAAGAGUUAUAUCACUGUAUGAUUUUAACCCUAGGCUGAAAAUCUACUAGAACUUAAGCAACAAGAAUCAACUACUAGAAUCAAGUCACACUUUUUCAUUAUAAAACAGAACGCUUUUUACAUUAUAAAAUUGGAGUAGAAGAAAAGUAUAUGACACCAAAUUAAAGGUUCUGAAAAGAAAUUAAGAUAAUAUAUAUUUGCCUUUGUUUAAAAACUAUUUAGUUGUUUUUUUUCCAAAUAUUUGUCUUUAAAAGAUACUUUUUGGUUCAAAAUAACAAGAUUCAAAUAGCCUUUAUAUGAAAGGAUUGAAUCUAAAAAUUAUGAUCGUGUUAAAACUGUUUUAAUCAGAUCUUGAUGGUAAAGUCAGUGAGAAGAAUAUUUUGGACUUGAUCAAAAACCCAACAGAUAUCCAGGCUCUUGAGCCUGUGGAACCCCAGUUGUCCAUUAAAAACCAGCCCCAGAUUUUCUCGUCUAGUAGAUCCUUCAGUUUCUCAACAAUUCGUGGACCUGAUGGGGUAAGUUUGAAAUAGCAAUCUGCUUCUUGUAGAUUUAAUUAUCUUUUGUUUUUUAUUAGUAACUUAUUUACUUUUCCCUUUUAUUUUUGGCUGAGGUGAAUUAAAUCGGACCUAUAGGAAUGAUGAUUUAAAUGAACAAUUUUUAAAAUCAAUUUAUUCAUUGAUCUAAUCUAUUCAUAUUUAAAAGCACUAGAUGAAAGAACUUUUUUUUGUUAUUAAAUAUUAUAAGCCACAUAAUAUAUUAUCUCUAUGAGAAGGGACUCCAUUAGAUGUGUUGCACUCUGAAUUUUAAAAACCAUGGUUGUGAUUAGGUAUUAUUUUAUGGAAAUGAAAUCAAUUUAACCCUACACUGUCAAGUGCAUUUUCUGUCAUGUCAAACCAUGUUUGGCAUUUUCAUAUGCUUGUGGAAAAGGAAAAAAUACCAUGAUAAAUUAAUUCAGAUACCCUUACAAGUAUACAUUUUCUGAAAGUACAUUGGACAAGGCAUCUUAUUGUAUCAAUUUAUAUGUUGAUAUUGACCUUGACCUUUACAGAGUGAGUUAAAUUUUACUACUCAACUUCUGAAUCCAAUCUAAUACUCCAUUAAUUGUUCAAACUAUCAAUAAAUCAAGUUUUUUUUUUAGCUGCUAAAAGCAAUAUUCUUUCAGAACAUGUCAAUUUAUAGGUACUUACAUUACUAAUUGUAAUUUUUUGGAAUUUUUUAAAAUUGACAAAGCCUGUGCUAUUUCUAAUUUAAUAUAGAACAAUUGUUGAAUAUUUGAGCUCUCUACGCCCAAUAGUUUAAAUGAUAUAAUUAAACAAACAAACAAACCCACGUUGAGCUUAUUCAUAGAAACUUUUAAAAGCUGUGAAUCGGUUGAAAGCCCAAGUCAAUAAGGCACCAUUUAGUUGAUCAUUUAAAAAUGUACCCUAUUAAAGUACUUUAAAUUAUGAUUUAUAUAAAGUGUGGCCAAUUUUACUUUUCAUUCACCUUAAUUAUGCUAUUUUGAGUAAAAGGUCGCCCUCCCCAGUCUAGGAAUGAUUAUUCAAUAAUGACCUCUUUCACAAUAUUCAGAAGUCAAAGUACAUUAACAUUUAACAUAAUGUAGUCUUGUAAUGAACUAAUCUUACACACCAAUAAAAACUUACAUAAAACAUUCAUGCAGCCAAAAUCAUGACACUUUUUCAUUUGUAUAGCUUGCACAAGGUAAAUAAACUAUUUUUGGCCAAUGCGGGCCAAUCUUAUAUCGGGGAAAAAAAAUGACCUAGUCUAUUCUGAUUCUGGGAUAAUAGAUAUCUGUGGAAAAUUUCAACUCUCUAAGUUCAAUAUUUUAUUAUGCUGUAACCAUCAAACAAUGCCAUAAACACACAAAUCCUCUAACCCACAAUGAGCUUUAUAUAUUCUUCAAAAACUAAAGAAAACCUUCUUAAAAAAAUAGGAACAAAUUUCUAAAUUUUUAAUAAUCUUGCUUAAAAUUUAAAAAAUAUGAUUUAAGUAAAAGAAAAUCCUAUUUAAAUUGAAAAGUUGAUUUAAAUAUCAUUUACUACAUUAUUUUUCAUCUUUAUGAACAUUUAUGAUCUUCAGAAUCUAAGGAUAUCCUUAAAGAAAAAUGAGAAACAAAAUCAAGUUCAAUAAAAAAUGUGAUUUUAAUUUUAGAAAUCCGAUUUAAGUUUUAAAAAUGUAAUUUAUUUAAAUACUCUUAACUAUAUUAUAAACAUUGAUAUUUUUAAAAUCUAAAGAAACCCUUUUUAAAAAAAGAAGAAAAGAAACUAUUUAAUUUUUUUAAAUCCUUUAAAAUUAAAUAAAUCCAAUUUAUUAUUUAUAUAUUUCUUUAAAUUAUGAUUUUUAUUGACCCUGCUUUUAUUUAAUUGUUGAGCAGGUUACAAAAUGAACAAUUGCCCAUUUGGUGAAUGUAAUUAUAUGUUUGAUUCUUGUAUGAAAAUCAGAUGGAACAAAUUAAAUAAUAAUUAACUAAUUGCAAAUGACUCUAAAUUUCAUUCCAACACAUUUGAAUCUAGAGCAUACUCAUAAUGUUAUUUAAUGUCCAACUCUUUAUCUGAAACUUGUUUUAGAAAUAGCCAACAACCAUUACAUGAAAAAGCGUUUUGACUAUAAAAAAAAUUAGCAGCCUUGUGUAUUGUAACUUUAUGUGAUGUCUAAUGGGAUGAAACCAUUUAAUUCUGUAAUAUGAUUGCUCUGGCAUUCUUUCCAGAAAGUAGAACAGCGUAAAGUUGUUAGAGAUUCCAGUGGUCAGGAAGAGAGCACGAUCACCAGAUCUCUUGGUGACAAAUCCUACUCUGUCACCACUGUGACCAAGGCUGAUGGUCAACAGGAAACGAGAGAGGCUUUCAAUAACAUUGAUGAAAGUAAGUGCCAGCACUCAGUGCUUCUCAGGAGUCUUAGGAUAGUCAGUCAGAAGAAUGAUGGUAAUUAUUUUUAAAUGUAUUUAGACUGGGUUUAAUAGUUCUCAGACAUGGAUUGAAAAAUGUAACGUUGGUUAGUGUUAAAAAAAUGCUUACCGUAUUUUCGUACGUAUAACACACCUAAUUAUAAGACGCACCCUUAUAUAAGACAAGGGUUUUGACGAUUUUUGUAAAGAAUAUUUUACAUAAGACACACCCUUAUAUAAGACGCACACUGGGUAUGGGGUAUGUAAAACUUUGUAUAAGAUGUGGUGUCUUACAUAUGCUAAAAUACUGUACUUUUGUUGAUAAUUUAAAGGUGACAAUUUUAGAUUGUAGAAAAUAAUAAAAUAUUUAGUUUAAAAAGUUUAAAAUACUUUUCAUCCAAGAAAUGUUAAAAGGCACUUAAAAUUAAAAAGUAGAGAAUUAUUUAAAAUUCCAUAAAAUGCAUUAAGCAAAGAAAGUUUAUGCAGAAAAUAUUUUUUAAAAUUAAUAAAAAUAACAAAUAUUUAAGUUUUUGUCUAUAUUGAAUUUGAAUCCUUUGGUCACUUAAACUGCUCAUCUACACUUCUGCACAGUUUUCUUUCCGUAAUGCUUUUUAAGAAAUUUUUUAUUUUGUUCUACUAUUUAUUGCGUUGUAACUCGACUUGAAUAGAAAAAAGAAAAAUUUAAGGGUUUUUUUUCAUAGUGUUUUUAUGAUCGUCUAACUGGAUUCCUUAAUUAUUUAUCCCCACAUCCUAAAAUGGAUAUUUUAUGAUGAGGACAUUAUUUUUCUAUGCUUUUUAUUGUGUGCUUCUGUACAGAUAAAAUUUUCUCCUGAAAAAUUUUUGACUUAGAUCACAUUUACUGGUAACUUAUGUUUGUUUUUUUAUUUCAGAGGAAAUCGGUGUGUUUAAGGAAACAUGGAGCAAACCGGACAACAAUGUUAGGUUAACAACACCUGAUGUCAGUCUCCAGGACAGAGAUCUCUUCUCAAAACUUUUUAACUGGAAGAUAAGAUAGAGCAGUCUCAAAUGUUGGAUUAAAAAAAACUAUUGAUAUCGUUGAUUUGUUUAGUCUAUGAUUUAAGGGAUAUUUUUUUUAAACUUAGUAAAUGCAUUGGGUUAUCUGAAUCUAUGUAGGGCAGUGGGAUCUGGUUUUUCUUUACCUUCUACAUUUUUUUGUUUUUAAUUCAGUCUUUCAUUUAUAUAAUUCUUAAAUUGUGAUUUCCCCUCCCCCACCUUUAACAUGACAAACAAUGUCCAUCAAAAUUUAAAUGAGUUUUAAAAUGUGUACAUUAUUUUAAAUUUAUAUUCAGAAUCAUCAGAAACCUAUAAAUUGAUAAUAUUUCUAGGUAAUAAAUCAAAAGCAGCUUGUUUUUGUUUAUUCUAUGUCAGGCCUUCAACAAAGAUAAAUCUUUUAAAAGGUGCCAUGGGUUGUGGAUAUUGCUAGGCACAUUAGUAAAUUUCACCAGUGAUCUGUCUUAAAUAAUUAAUUUGUGUGUGGAAAGUGGAAAAUAGACUCACUGUGAUAAAUUUGAACUCGAUGAACUCUGGGUAAAUGUUUAACUGGAUAUACAUGUUCAAGACUUUUUGAGCGACAUAAACCAUGUAUCUGCACCUUCAAAUCUGGGUGAAAUUAAUAAAUGCAUCACUUAAUUAACUGCAGCACAUUUUCUUUUUGAAAUGUUGUCCUCCAUUUGUGUUAUGGUACUGUGAAUCUUACAGGUGCAAAAGUGGAUGUUAUUGUUAUAUCUUUUGUGGUUGUGGUUUCAUAUCUUGCACCUGGAUGACUCACUAAAUAAACUAAAUUUAGUUUUGAGCAUGAUUUUUUAAAUUUUUUUUUUAAUUAGAACUUUUUAAAUGAGAUAUUUUCUUUUCCUUUACUUUUAACUUAGCCAGGUAGUUUGUAGUCUUGGUUGGCCAUAAAAUAUUUCUAGUUGUCAGUAGGUCUGGUUAGAAUUCUGUGCAUCCAGUGUGUUGGUAUUAAGGUAAACUGUGGUGGGACAUCAGGGGACCUUUGAUUGCUGUCAGUUUCAUAGAUAUUGUAAACUAGACAAUCCAGUCUGAACAGUGACGUGUGGUGGUGGUGGGGCUCUUUGAAGAUGUUAAACCCAUGUCCAUUCUCUACUGUAUGUUUGUAGUGAUGCAAGAAAGGGGGGAAAACCUCUUCUUGCCAGCCUAUAAUCCAGCUAGAUUGGCUUGUGAAUCACCAACAUAUCUUUUCUUAACUGUUUUUUUUUUAAAUCUCAGUUUUUGUCUUUCAAAGCUUGCAAUGUCAAUCUAGAAUGAAUGCUCAAAUUAAUUACAAUCAAUCGUAGCACUUUUUUUUUAAUUGAUCAGCU